AUGGGGUGCGGACUUAGAAAGCUAGAAGACCCUGAUGAUAGCAGCCCUGGAAAAAUAUUUUCUACCCUGAAGAGACCGCAAGUGGAAACAAAGACAGAAUUUGCUUACGAAUAUGUAUUGCUGGAUUUUACUUUACAAGCUUCAUCUAACCCAGAAGUCAUCAAGAUAAAUUCCAUUCUGGAUAUCAUUACAAAAGUGGAAGACUAUUAUCUUAAAGGAUAUAUCAUUGGGGCUAUUCAUCCUGUUAUACAACCUGUGGGACCGCGAAAACACUUACCAGCAAGUUACCUGUACAGGGUGGUGCUAUGGCGCUUGAAGUUAAGCCCGAAACAUUCAACAGCACCCAGUGGACAAAGACGAGCAAGGCUUGUCAUUGAGGAAUUUCCCAUAAUUUAUGAGACACAAACAAAUGAAACAGCAAAAGAACUGAUAGAAAAGAUUAAUGUAGCUGCUAAAAGAGGAAUGAAGUUUAUUGGAUUCAUAUCACAACAUUGUCCACCAUCUAAAUUCUGCAAUGGAAGCAACCUUGAUGGAAAUAUAGAAUCAGAACCAACACUAUCUAUGAGGCACGGUUCUCAUGAAAACUGUAAAAGUUGGAAUGAAGGAACAUUAAGUGCUCAGUCAUCUGAAAGUGGAAUUGAGGAAGAACUUCAUCAUGAAAAUAGACAAUCUCCAAUGGGACAAGAUAGCAGCCCCAGUACCUCUAAAUCAAGAAAGGGAGAAGCCUCAGAUGACAAGUUAUAUGCAGCCUUCAAUGCUUUUGAAGAUGAAUCAACCUGCUGGACCUAUCACGAAGGCCUCCUGUCAAUGAAAGUAACAAGAAAAGGAGCUGUCAUUUGUACACUCGAUGCUGAUUGGCUAGAGUUAACUACAUUUUAUUAUAAGCAAGGCUUGUCUUUAAUUGAUUCUUUCAUAUGCUGGGAAACAUCUAAAGCGGACCAUUUGCCCAAAUCUUUGGAAGGGUUAUUUAUCUAUGAAGAAGAAGAUUCUGGAGUUCCAGGCUCUAGUAAGAAAGGAAACGAUGCCAUCGUAGUAGAACAAUGGACCAUUAUUGAGGGCUGUGAAAUCAAAACGGAUUAUGGGCCUCUGCUGCACACUCUGGCUGAGUUCGGAUGGCUUCUGACAAGUGUGUUGCCUACACCUGUAUUGAGACAUGACAGCGAAGGAAACUUGGCUACAAAGCAGGUGGUAUUUCUUCAGAGGCCAGUGAUGUGGAAUUCAACUGCUCAAACACCAGAAAAGAAAGGCAGCCGCCAUAUAAAAGGUGAAGACAAAAACAAAGUAACCAGUAGGAGUGUUGGAUUAGACACUACGACAUCACAACCUACAGAGAGUAGGCCUGCACCUGAGGAGUGCUCCCUCUCUGCUUCUAGAGAAUGUUGGUUGAAGGAGGGGAGGUCUACACAGCACAGCAGCUUCUCCGGGUUCAGCAGCAACGACAGUGUCCUACGGGAGUUAGAUGACGGACAGUUUGAUCAGGAAGAUGGAGCAACUCAGGUCACUUGCAUGUGA